UAACUUCCGGUUUUCUCAUUCUCAAUGGCCGCUUGCAGGUUCGCAGUCUCCACAAGCGCAUCAAAGUGAAAAUAGGAUAGCAUCAUAUAAAGCGAUGCUCUAGGAUUGAUUCUCUUGCAUGUUGUUUAUGCUUCGAGGAUAAUGUCGUCGGGGAAGCUUGCUGAAGCGCUUACCAGUGAAGAAAGGAGGCAGCUUGCAGAAUUCAACAGCUGUCUCUAUGGCUACAUCAAGUUUGAAAAUAGUGAUAAAUGCCCUAAGAAAUUGCUUAUUCAAAAGGGCAUUUCCUAUUAUGACACCGUCAUUAAAGACAAAAUGAAGGCCGCCGGUGCAGGCGCACAGGGGGCAGUAGAUGCACAAAAGAAGGCAGAGCUGCAGAAGAAAGUGACUGUUGACCCCAACAUAUAUUGCCAUCUUGGGCAUUUGCAUUUACUUCUUGAAGACUUCCCGAAAGCUCUGUCUGCCUACCAGAAGUUUCACAAUGUCCAGACAGAAUAUUGGAAG